AUUGUGCGGUGCAUUGUGGGAGCUGCGCGAGCGGGCGCUCGAGCCGUGGAGGGGGCGGUGCCGCGAGCUCUCUAUGGUCCCACUCGCCCGCGGGCUAGAGCGGCCGGGGCGGUGCGCGGGCGGCGCGCGGGGACAGCCGGGAGCGGGGCGGCUCCUUGCGCCCCUCAGUCGCUUACCGCUUCCGCGCCGCGGCGCUCUAGGGCUCCGGACCCGACAUGGACGCCGCCGCGUGGGCAGCGUCGCUUCUAUCGCCGCGCCUGUCCCUCCUGCUGCUGCUUUUGCCGCUCCCGGGGCUACCUGUGGGCUCCUGGGACCCGGCCGGUUACCUGCUCUACUGCCCCUGCAUGGGACGCUUCGGGAACCAGGCCGAUCACUUCUUGGGCUCCCUGGCAUUUGCAAAGCUGCUGAACCGUACCCUGGCUGUACCCCCCUGGAUUGAGUACCAGCAUCACAAGCCUCCCUUCACCAAUCUCCAUGUGUCCUACCAGAAGUACUUCAAGCUAGAGCCCCUGCAGGCUUACCAUAGGGUCAUCAGCCUAGAGAACUUCAUGGAGAAGCUGGCGCCCAUCCACUGGCCCCCUGAAAGGCGGGUGGCAUACUGCUUUGAGGUAGCAGCCCAGCGGAGUCCUGAUAAGAAGACAUGCCCCAUGAAGGAAGGAAACCCCUUUGGACCAUUCUGGGAUCAAUUUCAUGUGAGUUUCAACAAGUCGGAGCUUUUUGGGGGCAUUUCCUUCAGUGCCUCUUACAAGGACCAAUGGAUCCAGAGAUUUUCCCCAAAGGAGCAUCCAGUGCUCGCCCUGCCAGGGGCCCCAGCCCAGUUCCCUGUCCUGGAGGAACACAGGCCACUCCAGAAGUACAUGGUGUGGUCAGAUGAGAUGGUGAGAACGGGAGAGGCCCAGAUCCGCACCCACCUCAUCAGACCCUACGUUGGUGUUCAUCUGCGCAUUGGCUCUGACUGGAACGCCUGUGCCAUGCUGAAGGACGGGACCGCAGGCUCACACUUCAUGGCCUCCCCACAGUGUGUGGGCUACAGCCGCAGCACAGCUGCCCCGCUCACCAUGACCAUGUGCCUCCCUGACCUGAAAGAAAUCAGGCGGGCCCUGAAGCUCUGGGUGAGGGCGCUGAGUGCCCAGUCCGUCUACAUCGCCACCGAUUCUGAGAGUUACGUCCCCGAGAUCCAGCAGCUCUUCGAAGGGAAGGUGAAGGUGGUGAGCCUAAAGCCUGAGGUGGCCCAGAUUGACCUGUACAUCCUCAGCCAAGCAGAGCACUUUAUUGGCAACUGUGUCUCCUCCUUCACUGCUUUUGUAAAGCGGGAACGAGACCUCCAGGGGCAGCCGUCCUCUUUCUUUGGCAUGGACAGGCCUCCUCAGCCGCGGGACGAGUUCUGAUCCUGUCUGUAGCACCUCACCAGUAUAAGCUGGUCCCUCCAGCCAAGCCUGGCAGCCAGAAAUGCUCCCAGGAUUGAUCCCCAGGGGUGCAGGCUCUUCUUGCCUGCCAGGGAUAAGAAAAGCACCAGGGACUUCCUGGAGGAGAAAGAUUCUAUCUCCCAGAACACAGGAGUUCUAAGCUGCUCGGGGCUGGAGCACCUCCCCCUCCCCACGUGCUUCCUGCUGUUUAUUCUGGUAACUUCUCACAUCAGCAGAGCAGUAUAAACUCUGCCUUUUGGUCUGCCCUGCUCUGUGCAGCCUGGGAUGUCAAACUCUUGAGAAAGAUUUUUGUAUAGAUUUUUAUAGUUUUGAUACAAAGUCAUGGUGACCCUAGAACUCUCCUUCAUUUUAAAAAAUCAAUGAAAUCCACUAAUGUAGGUACCUAAAGUGACCUUAACUGAGUGUGGAUGAGGCCAGGGGUGGAGAGGGUAUAUUGGCCAAUUUUCCACAUGACCCCCAAAGUGGCCCUUAGGCCAUCCCCACUGCCCGACCACAGAACCACUGUCAUCCCCUCCUUCCUAGGCCGUUUUCAGAGGUUUGGGGUGGGAGUACCCUCCUCCAUUGUAGACACUCUGCCUGUGUAAAUGAUCAAUCAUGGUGCCCUGCGGUGCUCCACAGACAGCCUGGUGCUAGGCAGCAGCACACACCACCAUGCCAGGCAAUCAUGGUAUUGCCAUCAAAGUCUUUUGGUGGUUGGUGGCUUGCCAUAAGUCUGAUACCAUCUGGGUCUCAGAACGCAUUAUGGGGCCAGGGCUUCCUGCUUGGAGGGCUUGUUCUGAAGGCUGCCCACUCCCCUUCUGAUCUCUCUCCCCAAGGGGCCUGGUUGGUAGAAUUUUGCCAUUUGAUUGGCAUCCAAAGCCUAUUCUGUUCCUAGUCUCCCUCCUGAAGCCAGAGCCCCAAGAUCAUAUUCUCACAGGGGAGUGUUGGCUGAGCCUCUGAUCAGAUAGAAGAUGCCAGGAUCUAGGAGCCACUGGAAUUCCCAGUUUGGAAGCAGUCUUUUCCCAUCCUAUAUAAUCUCGGCCAAGCCCAUGAGGCUUAAGGUGUUAGAAAUCUUAAAGUUCUGUUUCUCAGAUUCUGAGUUUUUAAUUAUCCAUGACUCCUGAGAGUAUGCAAUUUUUUAACCCUAUGGUUUUAAAAUUCUGUGUCUAACACCUGCUAAUCUUUUCCCUGCCACAUGACCUCCUUCAGCCUUCAAUCCUGGAUAGAUGGAGGAGGCUUUGAUGGAGAGCCAGGCCCAGAGUCCCCGUGCAGGGGCUUCCCCUUGAGUGCCUUUGGGAGGAAAUGCAUUUUUGUCGAGGACAAACGGACAGGGGUUAAAGGUUGGAGAGUGACAGGGAUCUCAAACACCAAAGGUGGCAGGCACCACUCAGGGCUGCUGCCUAACUGAGUGGGAGAAACUGUACAGAAAGGAUUUUUGUAUUUUUCCUUCUCAGGAAAAUAUCGAGUGUUUCAAACCCUGGGCAGACUCUCUGAGAGAUGAUUUAUCUGUCCAGACUCGCUGGCAGGCCUCAUUCAGAGAAGGCUCGAGAUGCAGGAGCCAGUGGGCCUCCAUGGGGUUGGGAGUGGCAGGUGGAGCUCACUGGCUGCUUCAUUUGCAGUUCAUAGCCUUACCCACGAGGAACGCGCUGUGGGGUGUGGGCCUCUGACGUGCUAUCCACAGCCCGUGGCUUAGCAUCAGCAGUAAUAACAGCUUGUAUUUGUGGAGCAGUGAGCAACGGAUUUGUCAGAUUCAGUUGUGGUCUGUGGGAAAGUACUUUACCCUUUUAUACCCAUUUUUCUCACCUACAAAAUGGUAAUGAUACCAACGGAAUUAUUGAAAGGCUGAAAUCAGAUAAAGGAUAUAUAUAAAAGCACCUUGUAAACUUGAAAGAGA